AUGGUUCUGCUAGAGAAGCUUUGGGAUGAUGUGGUCGCUGGACCUCAGCCUGACCGUGGCCUUGGCCGCCUCCGUAAGAACACAACCCAACCCAUUAAUAUCAAAGGAGAAGGAAGCAGCAAGGUGAUGCAUAGGUCGUUGACUAUGCCGGCGACGGUAAGCCCCGGAACUCCGACCACUCCGACCACUCCGACGACGCCACGUAAGGAUAACGUGUGGAGGAGUGUCUUUAAUCCGGGAAGCAACCUCGCCACAAGAUCCAUUGGCUCCAACGUCUUUGAUAAACCUAACCACCCAAAUUCUCCUUCGGUCUACGACUGCGAUAAUAACGAAGCUCAAAGGAAGGAAUACGUGGCUCUGUGUCUAGUUGGCGCGUGGAUUAAAUAA